CGGGCUCCUGGCAGCGGCGCUGUCGGGGCUCGCCGAAGAAGCCGCGCGCAGCGGAGCGGACGGCUGCGGGCGCUGUCGGCUGCCGGCAGGGCCGAGCGCCGCGCGUCCCAAGUAUGGCUGGCUCUCUGCCUCCCUGCGUGGUGGACUGUGGCACCGGGUAUACCAAGCUUGGCUACGCAGGCAACACUGAGCCACAGUUCAUUAUUCCGUCAUGUAUUGCCAUCAGAGAGUCUGCAAAGGUAGUUGACCAAGCCCAAAGGAGAGUGUUGAGGGGAGUUGAUGACCUUGACUUUUUCAUAGGGGAUGAAGCCAUCGAUAAGCCCACGUAUGCUCCAAAGUGGCCUAUCCGACAUGGCAUCAUUGAAGACUGGGAUCUUAUGGAAAGGUUCAUGGAGCAAGUGGUUUUUAAAUAUCUUCGCGCUGAACCUGAGGACCAUUAUUUUUUAAUGACGGAACCUCCACUGAAUACUCCAGAAAAUAGAGAAUAUCUUGCAGAAAUUAUGUUUGAAUCAUUUAAUGUUCCAGGACUCUACAUUGCAGUUCAGGCAGUGCUCGCUCUAGCAGCCUCUUGGACGUCUCGACAAGUUGGUGAGCGCACGCUAACUGGGAUAGUCAUUGACAGUGGCGAUGGAGUCACCCACGUUAUCCCUGUGGCAGAAGGUUAUGUAAUUGGAAGCUGCAUCAAACACAUCCCGAUUGCAGGUAGAGAUAUUACGUAUUUCAUUCAACAGCUGCUAAGGGAGAGGGAGGUGGGAAUCCCUCCUGAGCAGUCGCUGGAGACCGCAAAAGCCAUUAAGGAGAAGUACUGUUACAUUUGCCCUGAUAUAGUCAAGGAAUUUGCCAAGUAUGACGUGGGUCCCCGGAAGUGGAUCAAACAGUACACGGGCAUCAAUGCAGUCAGCCAGAAGAAGUUCAUUAUCGAUGUUGGUUAUGAGAGGUUCCUGGGACCAGAAAUAUUUUUCCAUCCAGAGUUUGCCAACCCAGACUUUAUGGAAUCCAUCUCGGAUGUUGUUGAUGAAGUAAUACAGAACUGCCCUAUAGAUGUACGCCGUCCACUGUAUAAG